AUGAAAGUUCCUUUAAAAAAAAAAAGGGAGAAAGGCUAUUACAGCUGUUUAGAUUUUGAUAAUUUGUAUAAAAAAAAAAAAAAAAUUCAAUUAAAAUAUUCAAUAUAUAGGGAUAAACAUUUUAGUGAUACAGAAUUAUUUGAUAAAAAAAAAUUUCAAAUAAAAAAAAAAAAUGGAUAUGUUUAUAAGCAGAAGCAUUUCAUUAUAAACAAUAAAGAUGAUAAUAAAUUAUAUUUAUUUAACAAUGUAGCUAUUUAUAAAAAUUAUUUUGAUAAAUAUCAUAAAAAGAAUGAUGAAAAGUUAAAAAAUAUAAAGAAAAUAUUAAAAAUUUAUGAAAAUGUAACAACGAAUGAGAAAAAAAAGCUCUAUGAAUUAAUAAAAUUUUUUUCUUUUACUCAAGGUGGUUUUCAAAGUAACAAAUUAAGACAAAAACUUUGGUUAUUAUUACUAGGAUUUAAUAUAAAUUUAUCAAAAGAAAAAAAUUAUAACGAGAAUCCUAUAUCAAAAUUGUGUAGAAAACAAAAAAAAAAAUUCAAAUAUAUUAAUUCUCUUAAAUACUCUAAUUUAAAAUGGAUUAAAGGUGAAGGAAAAAAUAAGAAAAAUAAUAAGGAUAAUUUAAGGAAGAUAAAUCUAUUGGAGGGGAAAAAAAAUGAAGAAAACACUUAUUUAUAUAAUAAUUAUUUAUUUAAAAAAAAAAAAAAAAAAAAAAAAUUUAAUUACAUGAAAUGUAAAGAGGAAGUACCUAAUUUCAUAAAAAAUAACAGAAAAAUAAAAUAUGACAGUUAUUAUAAUGACGAGGAAGAAAGCAGCAAUAAGUCACUUAUUGAUGUGAAAAAUAAUGGUAUUACUCAUAAAAAAGAAAAAUUAAAAAUAUUUAAAAAUAACAAUAUAAUUUCAUUAAGUGAAACGAAGGAUAAUAAUUCGUAUAAAAUAAAAAAAAAUAAAUCAUUAGAUAAAUAUAAAUUUACUAAAAAUAAUACUAGAGAAGAUUUAUUAGAUUUUUCAGUACGAUCUUCCUUUUCAAAAUAUACUCUUUCUUCAUUAUAUGCUAGUCCGUUUUCUUCUCAAUUACCAUCAUUGGAACAUUCUUGUGUAGAUUCUUACUCGUCAACUGCAUCUUUUUCUUCAUCGUCCUUAUCAUCUUCAUUCUCUAGCUCUUCUAAUAGCAUUAAUAUACGUGAUAAUUCAGAAAGCAGAAAAAAGAAAUCUCCACUUCAUUUCUUUUCUUCCGGUAAUUCAUUUGAAUUUUCUCUUUCUACUCAUAAUGAGAGAAAAACUAUUCAAAAUGAAAAUUCAAAUAUAUAUGAUUUUUCUUUUUCUAAUAAAAGAAACAAAAGAAAGAAAAAUAUGAAUAAUAAUUUUAUUUCAGAAAUAGAUAAAAAGUCUAAAAAAAGUUUUAAAGAAAAGUUUAGAAAAAUAGUGAAUUGUUUAAUAAAUAUUGAUGAGGAAAAAAACAAAGGUACUUCUAAUAAGAAGAAAAAUAAGAAAUUUAUAAUAAAAUUAUUGAAAAUAAUUUAUAAUAAUAUAUUAGAAAUUGAUUUAUAUAUAGUAGAUUAUAUAACUAGAAAAGAUCAAAUAAAAAGUAAAAAUGACAUUUUCUCAUAUUUAAAGUAUAAUAUUAAACAUAAUUAUAAUUUAAAUUCAAAUUUAAAAAAAUGGAUAAUUGAUAGUAUCCUACUUGAUGAAAAUGAACGAAUUCAAGUAAAGAAGGAUGUUAAAAGAAGUGUUAAUACAUGGAAUGUCCAUAAGAAUAAUAUAUAUGAAAUAAAAAAAAAAUAUCAAUAUAUAUUAAAAAAUAUUAUUUGUAGUAUUUUAUAUAAGCAUUCCAAUAAAAUAUAUUACGCACAAGGAGUUCAUGAUGUUUGCCUCGUUUUUAUAACUUUAUAUUUUCAUAAAUUUUUCUUAAGAUAUAAAAAAUAUGUAUUAUUAGAACGUUUUAUUUCAAAAUAUGUAGUAAAUAAAAUAUGUAGUUUAAUUUUUACAAAAAAAUAUAAAAAUCAAAUUAAUCUAGAUUAUUUCAUUAAUUAUCCUGAAACAGAAACAAAAAUAUAUUCAAGAAGGUCUUCUUUAUCUAAAGAAAAUUCUGAUAGUAAUACUGCAUAUUGUAAUAAAAAAAAAUUAAAAAAAAAAAAAUCAUAUGGUGAUGAAUAUUGUGAAUAUAAUGAAAAUAAUAAAUCUACAUCAAAAAAAGAGAAUUUUAUUAAUAUAAAUAAUAAUAAUAUAAAUAAUUAUAAUAGCAAUGAUAAUAAUAAUGAUAAUGAUAGUGAUGAUAAUAAUAAUAAUGAUAGCAAUGGUAAUGAUACUAAUAGUAAUAAUAAUAAUAAUAAUAAUAAUAGUUAUGUAAGAAAAAAAAAAAAAAAAAAGUUGAAUUAUGGGAUUUUUCAAAGCAUUAUUUACAAUAUGUUUGUAAUAGAAGAAGAAUAUAUUGAAAAAAUUUGUGUAAUUAAAAACAUAAAUGUAGAAAAAUAUUUGGAAUAUAAGAAAAAAAAAGAGAAAAAAGAAUAUAUAGUAUAUUUAUUAUGUGAAAGAUUCCUUUUAUUUUAUAUGAUUGAUUAUUUGACCUUGUCAUUGGAUGUAUCUAUUAAAAACACAUUCAGAAGUAUUGGUUUAUUAUUAAAGUAUUUAGAUAAAGAAGUGUAUGAUGUUUUUUGUUUAUUGCAAAAAGAACAAGAGUAUGAGAAUACAAAAAAUAAUAAGAAAUAUAUACAGAAAUCAGAAAAUUCAGAAAAUUCUUUGAAAUUAAAUGGUACCGAGUUUUUUUUUUGUUUGAGUUGGGUAGUUACAUAUUAUUCACAUGUCUUCACAGAAUUUGAUAAAUUAGCUAGAAUUUUUGAUACUUUAUUAUCAAAUAAUGGAAUUUUUAUUAUAUAUUUUACUGGUUCGAUUAUUUUAUAUAAAAAAGAUGAGUUGUUACAAAUAGCGAAUAAAAAAAAAAAAUAUCAGUGUUAUAAUAAUUUAUAUUCAGAAACUCAUUAUAUUUUUCAAAAUAUGAAUUGGAAAAAUAUAAAUGUUGAAAAUAUUAUAAAAAAAACAUAUUAUUAUAUGAAUUAUAAACUUCCUUUUAAUUCGUUCUUAAAAAAAAUAAAAAAAAAAAUAUCAUUUCCUCCUUUUUCUCCUAUAUAUAGUUACCCAUUUAUUUUACAUCAUUUCAAUUAUAAAACAAAACAAGAAGAAAUAAAAAAUCAGACUGUUGAAAAAUCUAUUUUGAAUUUUUAUAAAUAUAAUAAUGAAAGAAAUAAAAGAAAUUGCCAAAAUGAUUCAGGUAUCAAUAGCGCUAUACGCUGUGAAAAUGAUAUGCAUAAUAUUAAUGCGAAAUACAUGAAUAAUAUGAAUAAUUUUGAUAACACAUUGAAAAGAGAUAAUUUAAAUAAAGCAAAUCACAUAAACAAUGAUAUCAGCAGUUUAGGAAGUUGUAAUUCAGAUACUAUAAAUAGUAAACUUAUUAGCGAUUUUGAGAAAAAAAGCUUUAGUUUUACUCGUUUGUAUAAUUUUAAUAUAUCUGAUAAUAACAUUGAAUCUUGUGAUGAAUAUGUUAAUAAUAAUAUAUUAAAUGAAAAUAAUACAAGUGAAUUAAGCAAGAAAAAUUACUUCAUGUUUAAAAAAAACAAAUAUAGUAAAGAUAAUAAUAUUUAUUUGCAUUAUCCAUAUACUAUUUUGUGUAACAAUAUAGAAAUAAAUAAGAAAAUUAUAAAGAAACAUUUGCUUGUUGAAAAUUUUUUUGAGUAUGUAUUUUAUGAUUUUAUUUUAAAUUAUGAAUUUAUAUUCAAUAAAUAUAAUAUAAAAUCAAAAAGAAAAUGCUACACUAUUCAGUAUGUUAAUGUAAAAAGUAAAAAAGAUCACAUAAUUGAAAAAAGAAAAAAAGAAAUACAGAGAAAAAAAUAUGAAAAAAUUCUUCAUAAAAUGGCAAAAAAUGUUAUGUUUUUAUAUAUACACCAAUGUAAUAUUCAAAAAAAUAGAAAAUAUGUUUAUUUCAAUUUUGUAACAAAAAAAAAAAAUAUAUUACCACAUAGUAAUUUUAAAAAUAAAAAGCGCAAUAAAAGAAUAAUAGAAAUUAUUCCACCUAUUUAUAAAUACAUUAUUGAAAACUGUGAUAUAAAUAAGAAUGUUGUUUCUUAUAAAAAAAUUAAGUUAAAUACAAUUAGUGUAAUAAAAGAAGAUAAAAAAAAGAAAAAAUUUGAAAAAAUAUUAUAUAUUGUCAAAACAUCUUUUUAUAAUUGCUCAUAUGUAAAUUUUUUUUUAAUUUUUUUUUUAUUAUCAUUGAUUUCAUCUUUUUUUUAUUUUCAUCGAUAA